AUGGGGUCUAAAUCUGAAGAAGAUAGUUCUGAAUUGAGCGAACGAGGAGUUUUUGACGAGCUAAUGAAAGACUGCAUCACCAAAACGAUCGUGAUAAUUAGGCACAACGGAAUAUUUUUUAAAAUUUACACGUUUAUGGGAGACAAUUAAGCGUUAAAGUUAUAAGUGACACUACCGCUAUUCUUAAUGCCGAUCCGAUGUCAUGAGGUUUUUCGUUGGUAUAGAGGUUGAAGUUUAGUUUCCAUCAAACCAUAUUCUGGUGCAGAUUGGCAGCCUGGGCUCGUGUCAUAGCUAUAGGUUCAUAUUCAGCCGACUCUUUAUUAUGAUUUAACCCGGGUUCGUGUAAAGAGGUCCUGAGCCAUUUUGUUUGCUAUUUGAUGCAUGCGGCGGAUUUCAUGGAAUUUGCAUAACAUGGGUCAAAUUAAUUCAAAAUUGAGAGAACAAAUAAUCGAUAUCUUGGAAGCGCGAGGUUAGGAACAUUUAUGGUAUUGCUUACUUUUGUGAUGUCCUUGUACCUCGUUAACUUGCCUUAGCGUGGAAAAAAAGUUUUUAAAAUAUCAGACAUGUAGAUAUGUAUUUUUUAUAUAAAAGAUUCUGCGAAUAUUGGUCUUCUGUUGAGUGCAGAUUUAUAUCUUGGCUAACUCGUUUCUAAGUUGUAAUAGAGAAAAGCUCUCUUUGCAUGUCUAUCCGCGUGAGACCAUUUACGCAUUUCCUUUACUAAAUGUUUUAAAUAAUGUGCAUACUCUCUUGGUCGAUAGGUAUGACGAACUGGUAAUAAGAAAUCGUAACGUUUUCCAUUGGUGUGUAUUUUUGAGGAGUGUUUUGUGGGACCAGUAGAAAGUAUGUUUGCCACACGUCAAGUUAAACAAAAGUUCUUCAAGGUCAGGGAAGAGUUAAGGAAUUUCACUUCAGAGAUAGGGAAAUAUUAAACCUUUGAAAGAAGUUGGAGAAAAGUGAAAUUCCAAGUAAUUAUGAAGAAGUUCAUCUUGUCUUGACCCUGUCCACCAUGAAACAUGGUGACUCUUUCCUUCUACAUCUACAUCAUAACUGUACUAAGUCCGAUAUGACAUCACACCAACUCAAAAAAUAUAAAUAUGUAAAUAACAUGAAUAAUCUUGAUAACUGAAUUAUUGUAAAAAUACAAUUAUAAUGAGACUUAUCUCCAAAUAGUAAUCUAAAGCCUAUCUAAAAUAAUUUGUUAGACUUGUUUUAAAACAAGCAACUGACUAAGAUUCGCAAUGUCAGAAGGUAUAGAGUUCCAUGUUUCUGAUGGAUGAGUCUCACCCUGGAGCUGCUUUUCUCUUUGCUCUUUCCAGCGUAGCGACAUCUUUUCUUAAUGCUUUCCUUCUUGUGAUGUCGAUGUUACUCAUCAUGAGGAGCUUUGGCCCCGAAAAAAGUUCGCAGCAUGCAUUCUACGGAGGCGCUAUAUCUCUGUCAUCAGUGAAGAGAAUUACAUCAACGUUUGCGGUCGCUAGGUGUCUGUGCGGUUACUUAAACUUGUUGAUUAUAAGUUAA